AUGAGUUAUAAUAACAAAUUUAAUGACAAAAAAAGAUUUUUAUCAACAUCCUAUCAAGAUGUAAAUAAUUAUAUCAAUGCACAAAAUACCCAAGCGGUUACAAAUCAACCAUAUUUUUAUCCAAUUAUACCUCAGUACCCUUUUGCUACUACAGCAUAUAACCCUAAUAUAAAUUAUCCGAAUAUGAUACCAAUGAAUAAUAACUAUAAUAAUUAUAAUAAUAAAAGAUUUAAUAAAAAAAAAAAGAGUUUUCAUAAUUUUAAUAAAUAUACAAUGGAAGUAAACUCUAAUAUAAGAGAAGCAGUUAAUGAUCCAUGGACUCACUUAUAUGGAAAAUAUCCAAAUAUUCAAUUUAAAUGA